GCGGCCGACUCGCACGGCGCCCCUGGCGGCAAUGCCGACCCCAGCCGGGGCGCCCGCGCGGCCGACCAGGAGGCCGCUGCUGACGGCGCCGACGGCGCCGGCCCGCUGCUCUGCACCCCGCAGUCGGCUGCGGCGGCCGCGGACGAUGCCUGCGCCGUCGCCGGCGCCUGCGGCGCGGCCGGCGCCAGCCCG